GUUCUGUUUACUUUUAUCGCAAAUAUGUCCUACAAGAAAGCUCUUAUUAUAAUUAUAUUAAGCUUAUCAAUAGCAUUUGUUUAUACCUACCGCAAGUGAACUUGAUACAAAAAAUAAUCCAAAACUUCAGCAUGUAAUUGUGGCAAUCCAUAAUUAUUAUCGGUCAAUAGCUAGUCCAUCCGCGGCAAAUAUGAUAGGAUUGAAAUGGAGCGAAGAAGCCAGGGAAUUUGCAGAAAAAAGUGCAAAUACUUGCAUAAAAGGUCAUUCAGCAGGGGAAGAUAGACAGUCUGACAUGUUUGGACCAUGUGGAGAGAACUUAUUUUUUUCAUGGUCAAGUGGGCAAUACAAAUAUACUUGGUUUGAUGCAAUCGAAGCAUGGCACUCGGAAAAAAAAGAUUUUACAUAUGGUAGUAAGGACUAUGAAUUCAUGGCUAUAGGACAUUACACAGCUGUUAUGUGGGCUUCAACUUCUCAUAUUGGAUGUGCUUAUAAAAAUUGUGAUACACCGCUUGAAAAACGAAAACCGAAUUGGGUCCAAAAUAAAUUUGCUUGUAUCUACUGUACAUCAGGAAAUUACUUGGAUAAAAUCCAUAUGCCAUAUAAAAGAGGAAAACCAUGUACCGAUUGUCCAAACGAUUGCUUCAAGUCAUUAUGCUUGAAUAAGUGUCCAUUAAAAAAUAAAUUACCUGAAAAGUAUUGUAAAAAAGAUACAGGAAUUCUUUUCAAAAAGAAUAAGAAGGGUUGCAACGAUGUGAAUGUUCGUGAAAAAUGUCCGAGUACUUGUGAUUGCAGUGAUCGCCCUUAUAUACAGCGUUGGUCACAGUAA